CGGCUGCGGCAGCAGUCUGUCGUCGGCGCUGGUUGCUUCGAUCGCGCUAUUCAAAAACGGCGGGCAAAGACAGUUUGGCAUUCCAACUUGCGCUGCCAAAACAACGAGGUUUUAUUUCUGUUCGAACACAUGUCUGACACGCCACUUUCCUAUUUGUAAACACUCUCGAUCGUCGUUGCUAUUGUCUUUCUUUCCUGCACAGGACUAUCGUUAGUAUUUUGAAUUUAACGGAAACUUCUUCGGCGUUGGUGCCCAUCGGCAGUUACAGUGAAGAGUUCCAAGACGGUAAUGAGCAGUUGUUGAUUGGAAGCAGAAGCGCUUGAUUAUGUUCGAAAAUAGGCCGAGCUGGUGAAUCAUGCCUGCCGCUGUUGGGUAGAUGACAAAUGCACAAAGACUAGGUGAAAUACCAUGGGGCACGGACUUCCAUGAAAACAACCAUCGCGUGGAUAUCGAUAUUAGUCGAUUACUGAUCGCGUUUAGUGUAUGUGCUCAUUGCUGUCUAAUCUGUGUUAUAAGUUAGCUCAAUUCUUCCGGUACUUCGAGUGUUUACCUGUCAGUAUUAGAAACUGUGAUCCUAUCAGUAUUUCGUUGAUGUUGUACGUUUUUGUGAUGAUGUGAAGUGUUCUUCUGGUGGUGAUUAAGAUGCCAUCCAAGAAGCAGUACGACUUGGUGCAGAAUGACGAUUAUGAUACAAGAAUCCCUCUACACUCCGAGGAAGCCUUCCACCAUGGAAUUACAUUCACAGCUAAGUUCAUCGGAAGCUUGGACGUGCCCAGACCAACAAGUAGGGUGGAAAUUGUCGCAGCCAUGCGGCGAAUUAGGUACGAAUUCAAAGCGAAAGGCAUCAAAAAGAAGAAGGUGACAAUAGAAAUUUCUAUUGAUGGCGUAAAAGUAACUCUCAGGAAAAAGAAGAAGCGGAAACAGUGGCAGGACGACGGUAAAACCACCCUGCUCUCCCACCCCAUCUACAGGAUCUUCUACGUGUCGCACGAUUCCCAGGACAUGAAGAUCUUCAGCUAUAUAGCGAGGGAGGGAUCUUCCAAUGUGUUUAAAUGUGCUGUGUUCAAGAGUAGUAAAAAGAGUCAAGCCAUGAGGGUGGUGAGGACUGUUGGUCAAGCUUUCGAAGUGUGCCAUAAAUUAUCGAUAACUGCCCCAGAAAAUGAUAAUCUGGAUCAAGAAGAACAAGAAACACUCACCCAGGAUUUGCUGAGCGAUCGACUUAGUGACCUGAAUUCUGAGAAAGGUAAAAAAGAUGUUCCUUCCGAGACUGACAUAGAAGGAUUAUCUCUACCUGGUUUUGAAGAUUUCAACUCAAAAGAAAUACAUGAACCGAGGACCCCUAAACAACCGAUUCCCAAACAGAUAGAUAUGUUACCUACAUUUACAACGUCUAGUAUCAAUAAAAAUUCAUAUAUGAACACGGAGACUUACUCAGCACCACAUAGUGACGUACUCACGACGGAAAGUGCAGUAUUCACCAGCUCACUACCCUCUGCUGGAAGCACACUUUCUUCACAUCACGAAAUACAACUGUUGAGAGAACAAUUGGAGCAACAAAGCCAACAGACUCAGGCAGCGAUGGCUCAGUUACAGCUGGCGAAAGAGCAACUUGCUGCUGAGCAAGCUGCUAGAAUGGAGGCCCAGAGCAGAACUCACCAACUCCUAGUACACAACAGGGAACUCCUCGACCACAUUGCUGCUUUGGUGUCUCAUUUACAAGGUGGAAGUGAUAAAUCUACCGGAGUUACGAGUCAGCAGCAGAAUUCUCCUCAUGUAACGUUACCACAGCAGCAUCAGCAAUCAUCCGGCAUGUCGAUGAACUACAUGUCGGAUCUGAGCGAGGCAUCGCUGGACAACAGUUUACAUCAAGCUCUCGGAGUGAACCCUCAAGAUUUCUACGAGAACCGAUCAGUUACUUCAUGUCUACCUCCCUCACCUCUAAGUGCUCUCAAUCCCGCAGGCAGUGUCUUCAAUUUUCCGUACAAUCAGCAGGCAAACCUAGAAGCUCAAUUGCUGCAGAGGUUGCAAGCUUUGAGCGGAUACACGCCGCCAACUUCCUAUCCAUUCAAUUUCAAUCCAGCUAUGCCUUACUUCCAACCCCCUUAUUAUCCCUCCUCCAAUAUGUUGAAUAACAAUUACAACAUACCAACGCCUCCUCAAAAUUUUUCAACUCCUUUAAUAAGCAAUCGGAACUCUUUCACAGAGAGUAGAUUGCCUGGCUUGAGGCACAGCAGUGAACCUAGACAAAUUCCUUACCAGUACCACCAAACUAACACCCUUCCAUUCACUAAAUCAAACGCUUCAAUCCAGUUGCAAAACUAUGCCCAAUCUAUGAGUAACAAUCUUGAUAGACAAACCAAUCAGCAAACCCAACAAAGUCCCCAAAUCCCUACCCAAAGCACCAGAAAUUCACCCUUACGGAGUGAGACACAGAGAAGCGACCACUUCAAACCCAGCAACUUGAUCAAGCCACUGUCCCAAGUGGGUACUCUAACCACCACUGACUCUGAGGGGAAAGUUAGAGUGAUAGUUCCUGUGCCAUCGACUAAUAGCAACAGUAUUAAGAAUGAUAAGGAGACAGAAGGUCUUCUGGCCAAUUUGAGGUUGACUGACGACUUCAGGAUGAACGGACCUCCUAUCCAGAGGAGUACCAGUGAGAAGGUACCGAAUAGAAGCGAGUUGAUGCAGCAAGUGCAUCGGUCCAUGUGGGCAAGACAUACUACCAAGUGAAUCUGAAUAUAUUAGUGUUAUAUUUUUUGUUACCGUAUUCGUCAUCUAAUAAAUCUAAAUGUUACCUA